AUGGCCCCCGAUGCAGACGCAGACGCGCAGGCCCAAGCCGACGGCAGUGGCGGUGCCAUUAAUGAACCGCUGGUCCUAGACUUUCCAACCAUGUUCGAUGGCGCUGACCCCAAUACGAAUGGUGCCCCUCUUUCACCCGUUAUUAGCUUGGUCGAUCUCGAGCGAAGAACAAGUUGGCUCUCGGAUGACGAUGAUUGUGCCCCAGCGCCGCAAAUUGAAUUUGCAAGACGAGAGAUUCAUAUCCCUUCUCGUACCAGCUCCACCACCCCUCAGGCCAUACAACAUCGUGUUGAGUUACAAAGGCGAUUGAGCCAGGACCCAACAUCGCCCAUUCGCUCACAGACACCAGUCUUUCAGACGAGUCCCACCAAGCGCUCACAGACACCAAUUCCUCAAACUAGUCCCGUAAAGCGUUCACAGGCGCCAAACCCCCACACACCAAAGAACUCCCAAACACCAGUGGAGACUGCGCCUCCAACCAUGCGGUCUUCAGCCGAUUCAGUAAUCUCUUAUCAAUCUACGACACCAUCUGUCGCAACGCAUAGGCUUGGACCGCUACAGCAAAAGGGCGGAACCCUUGAGGAGGGCGACAGACUCUCUCCGUUGCUAGAAGACGACUCAAACUCGUUCGAUCUGGUCUGUGCACCGAUCGAGAAUGGAUCAAACCAUUUCUCGCUCGAGGACAGGUCUGAACAGCUAUUUUCAAAAGAGCACCUGCAAGCCAUCUUCGCCGAUACCGCGUCCUUGCUCCGAUUCACAUCAUUCCUCGGUACCUACCGACCCAAUUCAGUCCCUACACUGGUCUACUACCUUGACGCAUUGAAAGCGCUGCGAGCCAUCAACUAUGCAAACGCUGUCGCUGAAGCGCUAGAGCCCAUCAACAACUUGGGUUUUACCGAGACCCCCGUGCGAGCUACCGUUAAUGCGAACCUAGAGGAGAAGGCGGAACAGGCCUUUGAUGUCCUGGUCCGGGACGACUUACCAGCCUUCAUUACGCACGUCUUCGUUCAGGUAGCGAGCGUCAGCAUCUCAAAGAGAGUCACGGGCAACCUGCCUCCCAUACUGCGCGAAGCUAGUGAAGGGCUGGCAGAAGUGUUUUGUCUGACGGACCCGUCGAGGACCGACAACCCAAUCAUCUUUGCCUCCGAAGAGUUUCACCGCACAACCCAGUAUGGUGUUGGAUAUGCGAUUGGCCGCAACUGUCGCUUUCUCCAAGGCCCCAGAACGAACCGUUACUCUGUAGCUCGUUUUGCAAAGGCUAUUAAAGAAGGCAGAGACCAUAAUGAAGUCUUUCUGAACUAUCGCCGCGAUGGCUCUCCAUUCAUGAACCUUCUCAUGGUAGCGCCUCUACUAGACUCGCGGGGAACACUCCGUUACCACAUUGGCGCGCAGAUUGACGUCACUGGUCUUGCAAAAGACGCCACAGAUCUUGAGGCAUUUCAGCGCAUGAUGCAACAAGAUGAAGAGGAGACAAACAAGGACGAAUCAAAAGAAGAAUUCAAGGCACUCUGUGAGAUGUUUAACCACACUGAACUGGAAACCGUGCGCCGGUUUGGUGGCAACAUGCACAGGGAACAUUUGGAAGAGAAGGAUGAGGCUAGCAUGAAUCACAAGCCCAGAGUGCUCAUCCAGGAUCAGUCUACGUUUGAUAUUUUCAAGCCCGAGAAACAAACAAACGCAGCUGAUGGGCGCCUUUCUGGCCCAUACAAACACUAUCUCAUUGUCCGUCCAGCACCCUCUCUACGAAUUCUCUUCACAUCUCCAUCGCUUCGCGUUCCCGGCAUACUCCAAUCCCGUUUUCUGGACCGAAUCGGUGGCAGUAGCCGUGUCCGUGAUUCUCUUGGUGACGCCCUCACAGAUGGCUCACGCGGUGUCACUGCCAAGAUCCGUUGGUUGACGCAUCCAGUCGCAGACCUGGAGGACGCGACGGAUGAAGGCCGGCCCCGUUGGAUACACUGCACUCCUCUCCUUGGCCAGAAUGGAGCUGUAGGUGUGUGGAUGGUAGUCCUCGUGGACGAGAAAGACCAUGUACAAGCAAGUCGCCGCUUUCGUCAGGCCCCGCCAAUUCCCAACGACAUUCGCGGCCAUUCUCUUGCAAACUCUCCAUUUCCACGCAACAAUACGCGGCUGAGUGAUUAUUCCGAAGACAACAAUAGUUUGUACCCUUCUCGAACGGCCUCCCCGUAUAGCAAUGGUCAGAGUAACGGAAACGGAAACGGAAACGGCUAUAGCAAUGGCAAUGGCAUAGCCCGGAUGUCUGCCAUGGAAAACCUGCGCCGACCAGUGACACCUCGCAGAGGGCAGAGUCCACUGACUUUUGAUCAGCGGUCGCCAAACUCUGGGAAGUCAUCUGUCAAGGAUAUCGUCAACGGGCACACUAGUGUUGAUUCUUUCCGCAUCUGA